AUGCCGACUUGCGAGCUCCAAGUCGUGCGGUCCGUGCUGCGGCGUUUGCCGCCUCUCGAGCCGCUCUACCACCUCGCCCCCAUUGUCUCCCAAUUCCUCGGCCCGGCGCCGACUCUGUCGCCUGUGCCAUUGAACUGCUCGACUGGAUCUGGGAGAGCAGCUGCACCCCUGGCCAAACUCGAGCUAGGGGGUGGUCCCUCUGUAAUUAUCUACGGUCGGAUCCAAGUUAUUACCGCUGGGAGUUCGCCGAAGCUGGCUUUUUACCCACUUUUCCCGUUGCCUGGUGCCGGUCAACGUGGUCGUAGCGGCCGCGAUAAAUGGGCACCUUUCGGUGCUGCAGUUUCUGUUCGAGCACGACGCCGGGGAAGAAUACCCCAUGUGCUGCGGUAUCAAGUCUCAGGGGAUGGUGAUUGCUGGACGGAAUGCGUUCCUCAGAUGCCACCAGACUGGAGGUGGGCUACUGGAUCCGGCAACGCCGUCACCUGGGGAGGGCACGCCAUGCUGUACGCUGUGCAAGGGGAGCACUCGAGCGUUGCGUGGUGGAUGUUCACACAAGGGUUACACGAAAUUGACACGGAGAAUGGCGACGAGAAGGCCAAGAUCAUCGAGGCUGCCUUGCAGACUGGCGAGGUGGAGUUGGCAGCCAGACUGAUGUCCCCUCACGACUGGGAGGUGGAGUUCACGAACCGAUGUCCCGUUCCGAGUGGAAUUAAACUCAUGCUGGAUCGCGAGUAUUUCCACGACAACCGAGACGCAGCGUCGUAUGCGAUAUGGGCUUUGGCUCGGUUAGAGGGGCAUUUAGACUUGAUGCAGGGGAUCGCUGCCGUCUUCGAUCCGCCUCCGAUUGAUGAUAACGCGUGGACAUCGAAGUGGCGGAGGGCUAUUGUGGAAGCUUGCACACGAGGGGACCUUCCUAUGCUUACGUGGUUGGUGGAGCACCCGACUGGGCGAUAUGUUUACGGAAAGAGCCAGGAGCACGACGAACUCAUGAUGAAAGCUGCAGAGCUAAGCUCUGUGGGGGUGUUGGGGUAUUUGUACAGUCAAGGAAUUUCAGAUGUUUCUGGUCGAGCUGUAUACCAUGCAGCGUGUAAGGGGAACUUGCAGUCCGUGAAGUGGCUUCUCAGUCACACGACAUACGCCAAGCAGGAUCCCCCCGGAUCAAUCGACUUUGUCUUUGAAGGCGCUGCCACGCAUGGGCAUUUGGAGAUUUUGCAGUUUUUGUUCCCAUUGGAUUCGUCUUCGGUUCCCGGGUACUUGCCUGACGUGACUCGGGCUCGCAAUCCCAUGGCGUUGGCUGCGAAAUCUGGCCACCUAAACAUCGUAAAGUGGCUGUAUGAGACUCGACGAAGCGGGUGCACUGAUGCGGUCAUUGAUGCAACUGCAGGUCACGGACAGCUACAAGUGGCUCGUUGGCUUCACUUGAAUACGGCAGCUGCGUGCACGAUAAACGCAGUGGCAUGGGCUGCUCGAGACGGCCAUUUGGAUGCUUUAAAGUGGAUGCACACCGUUCGAUCCGACGUCUGUACUGCCAAAGUCUUUGAAAAUGCCGUGCACGGCGGCAAUCUGCGGACUGUCUAUUGGCUGGCGAGACACCUACCAGAAUAUUUCCUGACCAGGAUAAUAUGUCGUGGUGGGAUUUCUUUCCAGACAUUUCUGUAUUCGAUGAUGAUUCACUUUAUGCUUCGAUUACGUAGUCAGAUGUUGGCUUACAGAAUACUCGAAUGCAGUGCCAAGCGCUAUGAAACCCAACCAUUUACUUAA